GGGAGCCGCCCCCGAGCGGGGCAGGGGGCCGGUACUCUCGGGAGGGCCUCUCGGGGCCGCGCCGCCCCGGCGGGGGAGGGCGCCCGCUGUCCCGGGCGGGGCCGCGCCGCACUACAAGUCCCAGGGACCGGCGGGCGUGGCCGUCGGAGCGGGGCUACCGCGGCGCCUUGUACGGGUACAGAGCCAGGUGACAUCGUGGUGGCCCAGGAAGCAUGUGGCUGUGGCACUGGGGGCCCUGAAGACCAUUUGGCUUGCAGGGAGGAAUGCUACGGUGGGCAGUGCACUUGGAAGGUGGGCCACGGAGGGUGAACCACGCAGCCGUGGCUGUCGGACACAAGGUCUAUUCCUUUGGCGGAUAUUGUUCUGGAGAAGACUAUGAGACCCUGCGGCAGAUUGACGUCCACGUUUUUAAUGCAGUGUCUCUACGCUGGAUCAAGUUGCCUCCAGUGUGGACAAACAGCCGAGACCACGUGAGGGAGGUGCCCUACAUGAGGUAUGGGCACUCAGCAGUGCUCAUCGAUGACACCGUCUACAUAUGGGGUGGUCGCAACGACACAGAAGGAGCCUGCAAUGUGCUCUAUGCUUUUGAUGUCAACACGCACAAGUGGUUUACGCCAAAGGUGUCUGGAAUGGUCCCAGGAGCAAGAGAUGGGCACUCAGCUUGUGUCCUGGCAAAGAGCAUGUUUAUCUUUGGAGGCUAUGAACAGCUGGCUGACUGCUUUUCAAACGAUAUCCAUAAAUUGGACACCACAAAUAUGAUGUGGACUUUAAUCUCUGCCAAGGGUACUCCAGCUCGCUGGAGAGACUUCCAUUCAGCUACAAUCAUUGGAACAAAGAUGUACGUAUUUGGUGGCAGAGCUGAUCGUUUUGGGCCAUUUCACUCCAACAAUGAGAUCUACUGUAACCGCAUCAAAGUAUUUGAUACAGAAACAAACUCCUGGCUGGACUCCCCUCCCACUCCCGUGCUGCCUGAAGGCCGGCGGAGCCAUUCAGCAUUCAGCUACAACGGGGAGCUAUAUGUAUUUGGUGGCUACAAUGCACGCCUGAACAGGCACUUCCACGACCUCUGGAAAUUCAAUCCAGUUUCUCUUUCUUGGAGGAAGAUUGAACCCAAGGGGAAAGGCCCAUGUCCUCGACGCCGGCAGUGCUGCUGCAGAGUGGGGGACAAAAUCAUUCUGUUUGGAGGCACCAGCCCAUCUCCAGAGGAGGGAAUGGGUGAUGAAUUCGACCUGAUGGAUCACUCAGAUCUCUACAUCCUCGACUUCAGUCCCAGUCUAAAGACGCUGUGUAAGCUAGCAGUGAUUCAGUACAGCCUGGACCAGUCCUGCCUUCCCCAUGACAUCAGAUGGGAGCUCUCGGCCAUGACAACAAACAGCACCAUCAGUCGCCCCAUCGUCUCCAACCAGGGCUGACGCCGACUUGUCCCUCUACCACCCUGCCCUCGCCCCUCCACACGUUGACCUCUUGCUCCACUGCCUGCAUGAAUUUUUAACCCUUUCAAGCAAGGAAGGUGUGAGCUCAGUUUGUCUUGCCCUAGCCAGGCCUCCCUCUGCCCUCAUCAUGCUUUGGGCAGCACGAGCGUACAGGCAGAGCUGGCCACUGGGGAAAAAAAACUGGCUGGCCCCAGCAGCACAGCUGUGACCCCUCUCCUUGCUGAUGGCUCCAGCAUCUUCCUUCCCUUUGCCUGUGGAACUGCAGCUGUGCUGUAUGGUCCCCGGCCACUUUCCAAGGACCUGAAUCAACUCUUACCACCAGCCCUGGCCUUGGGGUUGACCUCAGGCUAUGAACUGUUCCUGCAUUGCCUCAAGAGAGCAGGAACCUCUACACCUGCUCCUGCCAGUGCUGACCAACUUCCUGGCACUGGAUGGCAGGCCCCAAAGUCGGGGCUUGGGCCCAGCUGGACUCUCUGCCCAGAUCCCAUUGUAAAACAGCAAUCGGGGGCAGUUUUAUAAAUUCUGAGGCAGACACGG